UGCCCGUGUGUUUCUUGAGCUCGCCACCGUGCAAGGCGCAACGUUUGUACAGUACACCUCUUGAUUGACGGAUCGCGUGGCGCUCCAACGGAAUCGGAUCCCCAGCAGCCCGGCUCCGUCCGACUCUUCCUCUGCUCCCGCUCCGACCAGGACCCCUGCUCGGCCCCGGCCACCGUGCCGCACCAUAUAAUAACCCCCCUCCGCCUACGAGCAGCCUACUUGGCAGCUCAACAAACGCAGCAGCCACCGCCGCGCCGACCAUAUAGCCGCCGCCGCCCGCCUCUCGCCAAGUCCCAACCUUUUUCCCGUCCCAUCCAAGCCAGAGCAUCACCUCGCCGCGCGAGAAAUCCCAGGGCAGCAUCUAGAGCCAUGGCCGCGCCCCCGGCCCCCGCCGCCGCGGCGCCGCCGGGCUGCGCGAGGUUCCCGCCGGUGCACCACUACGACGCGUCCGCGCGCCCGCGCCGCACCGUCGCCGCGGACCUCGACGGCACGCUGCUAGCCUCCUCGUCCGCGUUCCCCUACUACUUCCUCGUGGCGCUCGAGGCGGGGUCCUACGCCCGCGCCCUCGCGCUCCUGCUCGCCGCGCCGCUCCUGCUGCUCCUCUACACCGCCGUCUCCGAGGCCGCCGCCAUCGCGCUGCUCGCCCUCGUCACCUUCGCGGGGCUGCGCGUCCGCGACGUCGAGGCCGUCGCGCGCGGCGUGCUGCCCCGGCACUACGCCGCGGGGGUGCGCGCCGACACCUGGGCCGUGUUCCGCGGGUGCGCCGCCCGCCGGGUCGUGGUCACCGCGUCGCCGGCCGUCAUGGUGGGCGAGUUCGUGCGCGAGUUCCUCGGCGCCGAGGUCGCGGGGACCGAGCUCGAGACCUGCGCCGGGGGCGCGAGGUUCACGGGGCGGAUCAGGGCCGCGCUCGUCGGGGAGAGGAAGAGGGAGGUCGUCGAGAGGCUCUUCGCCGGCGGCGACAUGCCCGACGUCGGACUCGGCGACCGAGAGAGCGACCACGACUUCAUGGCCAUCUGCAAGGAAGCUUACAUGGUGCCGCCGGACCGCCGCGCCCCUCGCGCCGCCGCCGACUCGCUUCUGUCCCGCGCCGUCUUCCACGACGGCCGCCUGGUCCGGCGCCCGGAGCCGGCGCAGGCGCUCUUCGCGCUGGCGUACCUCCCGCUGGGCUUCCUCCUGGCCCUGUUCCGCGUCUUCUUCAACCUCAUGAUCCCUGUGCGCCUCGUCCGCCACACGUACCGCCUGACGGGCAUCCGCCUGGCCGUCCGCGGGACUCCCCCGCCGGCGCCGCGGCCGGGCGCGCCGGGUUCCCUCCUGGUGUGCAACCACCGCACGGCGCUGGACCCGAUCAUCAUCUCCGUGGCGCUGGGGCGGCCCGUGACGUGCGUGACCUACAGCGUGAGCCGGCUGUCGACGGCGAUCGCGCCGAUCCGCGCGGUGGCGCUGACGCGCGACCGGCGCGCCGACGCGGCGCGCAUGGCGGCGCUGCUGGCGGAGGGCGACGUGGUGGUGUGCCCCGAGGGGACCACGUGCCGGGAGCCGGCGCUGCUGCGGUUCUCGGCGCUGUUCGCGGAGCUGACGGACCGGGUGGUGCCGGUGGCGCUGGACGCGCGCCAGGGGACCUACUACGGGUCCACGGCGCGCGGGUGGAAGUGGCUGGACCCAUACUUCUUCUACAUGAACCCGCGGCCCGGGUACGAGGUGACCUUCCUGCCGGCGCUGCGGCCGGAGGAGACGUGCGGCGGCGGCGGGAGGAGCGCCGUCGACGUGGCCAACCACGUGCAGCGGAUCAUCGCCAAGGAGCUGGGCUUUGAGUGCACGGCGCUCACCAGGAAGGACAAGUACAUGAAGCUCGCCGGCAACGACGGCACGGUUAGGAAGGCCGGCGGUAGGGAUGAUGACGAUGCUGGCCCGGGCGCCAAGAAGUUUGCAUGAAGAAGAACAUUGGCCGUAAUCUGGUUUGAUUGGGAACAGUGUGACAACACAACAGCAUGCAUAUACACAGAAAGUAGUUAGUAGGCUGGAGUACGUACUGGUGUUUUUUUAUAUAAAAAAGACUGAAGAUGGUGUAAAUCUUUGGGUUUUUUUUUUGUUUAAUGAUGAAGGAACGAGACAUAGUUGCCAAAGCAAUGG